AUUAAGUGUGUGCUGCAUUUUGCUCUGACAGUCUGACAUUAAAACGAAAGUGAUUUUUUAAAGUAUAUUUCUUAGUUUUAAAAAAUGGUAUCUUUGUUUUUCUCACAGCCUUCGACACCUGCAAUGACAGGACUCGAGGAGCAAGAGAAAUUGUUGGAGGAUGCAAGCAGUGUUGUUAAAGUACAAGCAUUUGAAAUGAAACACAAUUUGGAUAAAUCAAAAUUGAUGGAUGCUUUGAAACAUGCAUCAACAAUGUUGGGAGAACUUCGCACCUCAUUAUUGAGUCCAAAGAGCUACUAUGAACUUUAUAUGGCAAUUACAGAUGAGCUUCGACAUUUGGAAUUAUUUUUACUCGAUGAAUUUCAAAAGGGAAGAAAAGUUACCGAUUUAUAUGAAUUGGUACAAUAUGCAGGAAAUAUUGUUCCCCGGCUUUAUCUAUUGAUCACAGUUGGAUUGGUUUAUAUUAAAACAAAUCCAUGCCUUAAAAGAGAUCUUUUACGUGAUCUUGUUGAAAUGUGUCGAGGUGUUCAACAUCCAUUGAGAGGACUUUUUUUGAGAAAUUAUUUACUUCAAUGUACAAGAAAUAUUUUACCAGAUUCACCUGAGGGUGAUGACGAAGAAGGAACUGUACGUGACAGUAUUGAUUUUGUAUUGAUGAAUUUUGCCGAAAUGAAUAAAUUAUGGGUGAGAAUGCAACAUCAGGGACAUAGUCGCGAUCGAGAGAGACGAGAACGUGAAAGAGAAGAAUUGAGAAUUUUAGUUGGAACAAAUCUCGUUCGUUUGAGUCAAUUAGAAUCGGUUACUUUGGAUAUUUACAAAAGGUUGGUUCUACCUGGAAUUUUGGAACAAGUAGUCAGUUGUCGUGAUGCAAUUGCUCAAGAAUAUCUUAUGGAGUGCAUAAUUCAGGUCUUUCCCGAUGAAUUUCAUUUGCAAACUUUAAAUGCUUUUCUAAAAUCAUGCGCCGAGCUACAAAAUGGUGUAAAUGUGAAAAAUAUUAUUAUUUCAUUAAUUGAUCGUCUCGCGGCGUUUAGUCAACGAUCGGAAGGAGUUGGAGGACCGGGUAGUCCAAGUCAAUUAACAGGAAUUCCACAAGAUGUUAAACUUUUUGAUGUGUUCAGCGAUCAGGUUGCUUCCAUUAUUCAGAAUAGACAAGACAUGCCACCGGAGGAUAUUGUUUCAUUGCAAGUGGCUUUAAUUAAUCUUGCACAUAAAUGUUAUCCAGAUCGAGUGGAUUAUGUUGAUAAAGUUCUUCACACGACAGUGCAAAUUUUUCAAAAAUUAAAUAUUGAAAAAUUGGAAUAUAAUAGCGCAGUUUCGAGGGAAUUGGCGAGACUUAUGAAAAUUCCAGUGGAUAAUUAUAAAAAUAUUUUAGUUGUAUUGAAAUUGGAGAAUUUUGCGCCACUAUUGGAUUAUUUUGAUUAUGAGGGGAGAAAAAUGUUGGCAAUUUAUGUAAUUAGCAAUAUUCUUGAUAAUGAAACAUUAAUACCAACGCAGGAACAAGUUGAUGCUAUUUUGUCAAUUGCAUCGCCAUUAGUUCAAGAUCAAUCGGAUCAACCGAAUAUUGAAGAGGAUCCAGAAGAUUUUGCUGAGGAACAAGGAUUAUUAGGUCGAUUGAUUCAUCAUUUUAAAUCGGAAACUGCCGAUCAGCAAUAUAUGAUUUUAAGUGCUGCUCGAAAACAUUUUAGUGCCGGUGGUAAUAAACGAAUUAAAUUCACACUACCGCCAAUUGUUUUUCAAGCUUAUCAACUUGCUUUUACUUAUAAAAAUUUAAGCGAUAAUGAUGAAAUGUGGCAAAAAAAAUGUCAGAAGAUUUUUCAAUUUUGUCACACGACAAUUAUGGCAUUAAUGAAAGCGGAACUCGCCGAAUUGCCAUUGAGAUUAUUUUUGCAAGGUGCACUUGCAAUUGGUGAAAUUCGUUUUGAUAAUUUUGAAAUGGUCGCUUAUGAAUAUAUGAGUCAGGCAUUUUCAAUUUAUGAAGAUGAAAUAAGUGAUUCAAAGGCACAAUUAGCGGCAAUUACAUUGAUAAUUGCAACAUUUGAACAAAUGAGUUGUUUUGGUGAGGAAAAUUCUGAACCAGUGAGAAAUCAAUGUGCACUUUAUGCCAGUAAACUAUUAAGAAAACCUGAUCAAUGCCGUGGAGUUGCUACGUGUUCUCAUAUUUUCUGGUCGGGAAAAUCAUUAGCAACCGAGGGAAAAGAGAUGCAAGAUGGAAAUAAAGUAUUAGAUUGUUUGAAAAAAGGAAUUCGAAUUGCAAGUCAAUGUAUGGAUACAUCAGUUCAAGUUCAACUUUACGUGGAACUAUUGAAUCAUUAUAUUUAUUUUUACGAAAAAGGAAAUGUUGCCGUGACGAUUCAAAUUUUGAAUCAAGUAAUAGCAAAAAUACGAGAGGAAUUGCCUAAUUUAGAAGUUAGCGAAGAAACCGAACAAAUUCAAAAGCAUUUGGCAAAUACUUUAGAACAUUUACGAAAUCGAAUGGAAUCACCUGAAUCCGAGGGUUUGACAUAUGAAGGCCUUGUUCUUUAAUUUUAUUUUAUUUUUGUAAAAUUAUUGUGUAAUUUUGUACAUAUAUUUUUUGUAUUAAGAACAAAAGAAGAAAUUGUUUCUUAAAAAAAUACGUAGAUUAGAGAAAAUAAUUUUCGUUUUGACAAGAAAAGAUUUUCGCGUUGAAAUUAAAUUUUUUUUUUUGUUAAUGUUUUAUGAAAGAAAAAAUGUCGAUAGUGCAAAAAAAAAUGUUUCGACUAAUCAAAAAUAGAAUUUGCUAUUGUCAUAUAUUUUUUUUUUUUUUUAAAGGGAUGAGUCCAUUAAUAAGUGUUGCAAUAUCAUAAUUUUUGUACCUCUAGUUAUUGUUCACUAUUUAUAAAUAUAUACAAGAUUUAAGAAAAUUACAUUUUAUGAAAAUGUAAUUGAUGUAAAAAAAAUACAGUGCGAAUUUUGGUAUAAAUAUGCGUGAUAGAAAGGCACUUUAUAUAUAUAUAUAUUGGUUUUAAUAAAAAUUUUGUUUUAAUUAA